CGCCAGCGCAGCAGCAUGGCCAAUCGCCGGGGAGCCAAUGGAAAGCAGAAUCGCAAGCAGAGGCGGACUCACCUGCGGAUUGUUUGUUGGGGGCCUGGCCCGGCGGGAAGCCAGAGGAAGGAUCGGGAGAGGAUGCAGGGAAAAGGCGAAAAACCUGCUGAUGGCUGUCGACUCGUCUGUCGGUCGCACCUGGGACGGGGAAGGCUGCUAUGCUAGUACUGUAGAUGUGCCGGAGAGGUUGCUGCUAGGCGAACGAAGCGACGGGGUGGACCGAUGGCGGAUCGCGGUAACGUCAUGUAUCGGCCGAGCAAUUGAGUCGAGAAACGCGCAGAAGGGCGAAGUCGAGGUUGUCCAGGAGAAGGAACGGAGAGAGAGGGAAAAGACGUCGGCGAUGGGGAGGAAGAAGAAGAGAGAAGAGACAAGAAACGAAGAGUCGCGGUGGUGA